AUGGAAGACCUGAAGGUGUCUGAGCAGGGUGUUGGUGUCGAGAAGGGUGGCCAGUUCGACGAGAAUGAGGAGGAGGAGGACUCUCCAUUCGAGAUUGUGCGGAUUGCGGUAUCUAACAAGGACAAUCCAGACACGCCCUGCCUGACGUUCCGCUCGUGGGUGCUCGGCAUUAUCUUCUGUGCUGCACUUGCAUUUGUGAACCAGUUCUUCUACUUCCGCCAGAACCCGAUCCUUCUCGGUGGCUACAUUGUGCAGCUGCUGUCCUUCCCCUGCGGCUACCUGAUGGCGCUGGUGCUGCCCAAGAAGAAGUUCCGCACCUUUGGAAAGGAAUGGACGCUGAACCCCGGGCCGUUCAACAUCAAGGAGCAUGUGCUCAUUUCCAUCUUCGCCGGCACCUCUGUCAGCACGGUGUACGGUAUCGAUGUCACGGUUAUCAAGAAGCUGUACUACAAGAGCCCGCUUGGAUUCGGCCCUUCAAUCCUGUUCUGUCUGACAACGCAAGUCAUGGGCUACUCGUUUGCCGGUCUGUCGCGCAAGUAUCUGGUCUACCCGGCGGCCAUGCUGUGGCCAACUACGCUGAUCAGCGCCACGCUGUUCCGCACAUUCCACGAGAUUCAGAACUUUGGCGGCAGGAUGUCGCGCACAAAGUUCUUCUGGAUCUUCUUCGUCAUCAGCUUCGUCUACUACAUCGUUCCUGGGUUCCUGUUUACCACGCUGACGAUGAUUCCAAUCCUCUGCAUUGCUGCUCCGAACAACAUCAUUGCCAACCAUCUCGGCGACGGAUACAACGGGCUGGGCUUCAUGGCGCUGACUCUCGACUGGUCGACCAUCUCGAACGCUUACACGCAGUCACCGAUUGCCUGCCCGUUCCCGAUGGCGUGCAAUGUCUUUGCCGGCUUCGUUCUCUUUAUAUGGAUCGUAACGCCAAUCGGGUACUACAAGAACACGUGGAAUGCAGGCAACUUGCCCAUCUACACGUCGCAGCUGUUCCUGCCCAACGGCAGUGAUUACGAUAUCGAGCAGGUCAUGAACGGCGAGCACCUCAGCGCAGAAAAAUACGCCGACUACGGGCCGCUCCGCAUGACCUUCCAGUUUGGAUUUACUUACGGUGUUGGUUUCGCGGGUCUCAUCACGCUCAUCGUCUAUAUUGCGCUCCACCACGGCAAGGAUAUUGUCCAGCGGUUCAGACAGUCGCGGUCCAUGGAUGAUGACAUUCACAUGAAGCUGAUGCGCCGCUACAAGGAGGUCCCGCAAUGGUGGUACAUGGUCACCUUUGCAAUCACCUUUGCACUGUCGAUUGUGACGUGCGAGGUUUGGCACAUGAUGAACUGGUACUAUGUCGUCUUGGCAACGGCUCUGCCCUUCAUCUUUACCAUCCCCAUCGGUAUCAUCCAGGCACUGAGCAACCAGCAGCCUGGCCUCAAUGUGAUCACCGAGUUCAUCAUCGGCUACGCUAAGCCAGGCGAUCCCAUUGCCAACGUCACAUUCAAGGUGUACGGCUACAUCACCAUGACCCAGGCCCUGUCGCUGCUCGGAGACCAGAAGCUUGGCCACUACAUGAAGAUCCCGCCCCGCUCUCUGUUCAUUGCGCAGCUCGUCGGUACCAUUAUCUGCGCGUUUGUGCAGCUCGGUGUUUCAUAUUGGCUCAUGUCUACAGUUAAGGGCAUGUGCACGCCAGAAGGAUACCCUGUUACCUGUAUCAACACCAAUACGUUCUACUCAGCAUCGGUUAUCUGGGGUCUGGUCGGCCCUGGGCGCAUGUUUGGAACAGAAUCGCCAUACCACAGCAUGCUCUACCUGUUCAUUCUCGGCCUGCUUGUGCCCUUCCCCUUCUGGUACCUGUCCAAGAGAUUCCCGAACUCGUGGGUUGCGCAGAUCAACAUUGCCGUCAUCUUCAAUGUUGUGGGUAACCUGCCGCCGGCUCCUACCCACGACUAUGUGUGGUUCUUUGUCGUCUGCGCUUUCACCAACUGGUAUGUCCAUUCGCGGUGGAAUGGCUGGUGGCAGCGCUAUGCCUUUGCGUUCUCGGCAGGCAUGGACUCUGGACUGGCUAUUUCAGGCAUCAUCAUCUUCUUUGCCUUCGAGCAUGUCAAGCUCAGAUGGUGGGGCAACAGCCCGGAUGGCCAUUGUCCGCUGUCGAUGACAGGCUUUAUCUCCUCGUAA